CUAGCGUCAUUCGCAAAGUGUCAGUCAACCGGUCAACACGCGAUUUCCUCGCCUCAUCUCACGAAAAGUGUGCUGAGUGAAAGUGUUUAUUAUUCCUCAAAUAUCUCCUGUAACAAAACUUCCGUGAUCUGUCAAUAUGGUGUACGUCGUUAAGGAUGCUGCUGAUUUCGACAGCCGACUGGACGCGGCUGGCGACAAGCUCGUCGUGGUGGACUUCUUCGCCACGUGGUGCGGCCCAUGCAAGGUGAUCGCCCCGAAGUUGGAGGAGUUCCAGAACAAGUACGCCGACAAGAUUGUCAUCGUCAAGGUCGACGUGGACGAGUGCGAGGAACUCGCUGUCAAGUACAGCAUCACCAGCAUGCCAACGUUCCUGUUCAUAAAGAACAAGGACGUGGCCGAUUCGUUCUCCGGAGCCAACGCUGAGAAGCUGGAGUCCUUCAUCAAGAAACACACCGAAUAAGAUAUAUCGUGCCUAGAAUACCCGAAAUCGCCAUCAGUCACAAAACCCACACAUACACACAAACGCACACACGUGCGUCCUUAUUCAAUUAUUCACAAACACGAACCGGGUGUACGAUGAACAAGAUUAUUGCCUUUCGAUUAAAUGGUAUAUAAAGUACAGUGUCUCCUCGAAGAGUAACAUAAUUUUGUUUUUAGUUGUUAAUUUGAUAAAACAUAUUUUAUGGAAGUGUUGAUUUCAAGUAAAAAAUAUUAAUUUACGUAGAGACACGUUACCUCACCAUUGCGUUCACAGUCUGUGUUUCAAAUGUUGUUGCGACAUAUGAUAAGUGGCUAUCAUCAGCUUAAUCACUAUUGUAUUACUUGCAGACAAGAAUGCACGUAAAACCGGUGACUGAUACAAUAGGACCAUAAAAAUACACUGAUUACCCGUGCUGAA